AUGAGAAUCCCUCCCUUACCCAGCGAUCGAACAGCAUUCAAGAUAGCGAUUAUAUGUGCCCUACCACUGGAAGCCAGCAUUAUUGGCGGAAUAUUCGACCAACAGUACGAUGACAAUGCAUUUGGCAAAGCGCCUGGUGACACAAACGCCUAUUCGACUGGCGUGAUAGGGUAUCACAAUGUUGUCCUGGUCCACGUGUCAAAUAUGGGGAAAGUCGCUGCGGCGACCGCUGCAACAUGCCUUCGUGCUAGCUUUCAGGAGGUUCAGCUAGCUUUGGUAGUUGGCAUUUGUGGUUGUGCGCCUUUUGCGAACCAACCGGGUAAAGAAAUGUUUUUGGGUGAUGUUGUUAUCAGUGAAGGGCUCAUAGAGUACGACUUUGGAAGACAAUUCCCAGAUCGAAAAUUCGUUCGGAAAAAUACACCCUGGGAAAAUCUAGGAAGGCCUGGGCCUGGAAUCCGCGCCAUUUUGGCCAAGUUACAGACGGAGCAUGAUCGAACUUGGCUUCAUGAUACAUCAUCAAGAUAUCUGGAUCUAUUGCAUCAGAAGCUGGGCGACAUGGUCAAGUAUCCCGGAGCAUCGAAUGACAUACUUUUCAAAGCGACAUAUCGGCAUAAGCAUCAUGUUUUCAUGCAUUGCGAGACAUGUUCUGACGGUGGGACUGAUGUAUGCAACUUACAUUGUGAGGACCUCGGAUGCGACAAAACGGAACAAGAGUCUCGCAUUCGGAUACCUCAGUCAUUGAAGCCGACAAUCCAUUUUGGAUGGAUUGCAUCUGGUGACACGGUGAUGAAAUCUGGAGAAGAUCGAGACGAAAUUGUCACCCGGGAUCGCGUUGUUGCAUUUGAGAUGGAAGGUGCAGGAGUGUGGGAGGCUUUCCCGGAAGUCCUGGUCAUCAAAGGAGCUUGUGACUAUUCAGACAGUCAUAAAAACAAAAGGUGGCAAGGCUAUGCUGCAGCCACCGCAGCGGCUGUCACAAAAUGCUUUUUGGAAAAAUGGAGCACGGGUAAGAGUCCCGAAAUUUCUUGA